GCACAGAUCCCAAGCGUGUUGUUUACUGCUCCCCUGUUCCUGCUGCUGGAUCAUGCAAAAGUUGUGAGCGUGUCGGUUCAUUUUCCAUACACUCUCUGCACCUCAACUCGCCACAAGGCUCCAGCGUUUGUUCUCCUGGAUCGCACCCAAGCACCUCUCGCUCCGAGUCACAGCCAACCAGCCAAUAUCCCACUCCACCAACGCGCUACGCCUGUUUGUUUUUUGUCUUGUGCACGAGACGCUCGAUUCCGCAACAGCACAACACAAACAACCACCUGAAACACCCCCACCCAAUCACACCCAAGCGCACAGUUCGUUGGAUCAAGACGUAUCGCAUAUCGCCAACGCACACGUCAUUCGCCAACCUGCCACCAAUCACACCAUCAACACCGCAGAACCACAGCACCACAGCACCACAGCACCACAACCCACCCGCACGCCGCCUCGACGUGACAUCAGCAACGAUAACUUCCAAGUAGCAUUUCCUCCACGACCAUCUCGACUGCCCUUCCACCUAGCCUUCCACCUAGCCUUACAUCCUCCAAUAUCACUGCAGCACUCUCGACCCACAAGAUGGAUUCUUCCACAACAGCUUCGGGCAUGGCCACUUACGGCACAUACCUGGACGAGCUUCUCCAGCAAGCAGGCACCCUUACCAAGCCCAUCACUUUCCGCGCAAGCCGCCCCACAGACCUCGACCUCAGCACCGUCCCCUUUAUGCCAGGCGUGCUCUCGCCAGCCUUUGCAACCUCCCCACCAAACAUGGGCAGCCAGCAGAAGCAAAGCAGCAGCGACUACUCGCAGCUGUAUGCACAGCACUCCCCAUCCCUUUGCCUGCAUGCAACGGCAAGCAAAUCCGCAACAUCCCCCACACCAACAACAUCCGCCUUCUCCACGCUCAACACCGCCGCGGCAGCCCUGGACAGCGGCUUUGGCUUCAUCGACAACACCAAGAAGGACACGUCGAUGACACCAUCAUCCCCGCCAUCAUCCUCAUCAUCAUCGGUGUCUUCAUCCCACGCAUCCAAGUCCUCCAACAGCAUUGCUACUUCCCAACAGCAGCACCAGCAGCAGGCAGCACCGUUCUUCGACUUUGACACUGCACUGGCAAGCCCCCGCCUCCGCUUCGAAAGCACAAGCGACAACAUCUUCCACUUUGAUGAUGAUGAUGUUUUCCCCACAACAACAGCGACAACAGCGACGACAGAUGGCGGUGCCAUCAACGUCGGCGCCACUGAUUGCUCGCAGAGCCAGGGCAAUGACGGUGCCUUCCUGCCUGCGUUCACAUUGAAUAGCGACGUUCAAGUCGAGAAGCUGCUGAGCCAUGCAGACACGGACCUUUUUGACGCAGCCCUGGAGUCCUUCCUCUCCUCCUCCUCCUCCUCCACCUCCUUGUCGUCUAUGGAAGAGCGACAGGCGUCUGUGGCAUCGUCGGCAUCAGCACUGUCCGCUGCGUCGUUCUCAUCCAACAGCAGCGACGCUGAAGAUCUCACCCCUCUGCAGCCCACAUCGCACGCAACCACAAGCUCGUCUUCUUCGUCCUCCUCAUCGUUGCCAUCGUCAACGUCAUCGCCAGCACACCGUCGCAAGAGCAAGCGGGCACAGCGCAGACGCGGCAACAACAGCAGCGUGCGCGCCAAGGGCACAGCAAGCACGACGAUGCGCGGGCGCAGCGCCAUCAACAAGCGAUGUGUGCUUGAGAACGGCGAGAUUGAUCACGAGAAGCUGGAGCGCACGCGAGAGAUUGCACGCCGCAGCUACUGGCGCCGCCGCAACCAAGAGCUCACCAGCCGCCACAGCGUGGAUCAGCGCCUGACGCUGCUGAACAAGACCAAGGACCUGCUUGUGCAGAAGCGACAGCGGCUGUUGAAGGAGCGGCAAGCGCUGCUGGACCACGUGCGACAAGAGUCCCACGUCUUCUUCCCGGUCGGCACCAUCGACCAGCACCCGUUGCCACUGUUUUGAGCUGCCUUAUGAAGUGGAGGGGGACACUACCUUCUCAUUCUCGUUACAUUUUACUCGAUGCGCCGACACUCGUUAUUGUGUGCAUCAAAAUGCUUCCUGCGCCUGCUUGAAUGAUUUAACUUCUAUCUUCACUGACCAUCAUCAUGGUGUUCUGUGGUUUCUGUACAUUGUCACUUUUGCUUGCUUCUCUUGUGUGUUACGAUGGUGUGGAGCGGGUCUUGCCUUUGGUGAACGGACGUUGCUUGCAUGCAAGCUUGGGACGUGUUUGUUUGUGCGCUUGUCGGACCCUGUGCUGCCUGAGAACCCGUUCACUCCUCUCCAUUCCCCUUGGUUCCGUGACACAGUGGCACACGCUUCUUGCCUCUUUAUUCAUUCAUUCCUCAUUCUGUUGGCCACUCGAUGUGGCGCAUUGUCACACGAAUAAUACACACAAACAUACAACAGUUGACAAG